AUGAAAAAGAAAAGAUCAAGUGAAACUUUUCAAAACAAGCAAAAUCAGCGAAAUAAAUCUCUACAAAGCCUAAUAUUAAAGUUUCAUGACAUUGUCUCUAAAGGACCUUUAUAUGUAUGCAGCUGCUGUGAUCAACUGUGGUACAAGCAUAGUGUGUUGUCUGCAGCAACACUCAGGAAAAAGAAUCAUGAUGCUAAGAAAUAUCUACAAAAUAAAACAAGUGUUAAUAAUGUUGAAUGGCUGUGUAAAACAUGUCUGAAUUACUUGGCUAAAAAUAAAGUCCUACCUUGUGCUGCCAUAAAUGGGAUGCAAUUUCCUAUGAAGCCAGCAUUUUUUUACUUAAGUGAGUUAGAAUGCAGGUUACUAGCUCCUAGAUUAGCAUUUCAAAAGCUCAUGCAGGCUCCUAGGGGGAAACAAUUUAAAAUUAAUGGCAAUGUUGUUAAUGUACCAGCAGAUAUAACAAAUACUGUUAGUAUGUUGCCACGACUGUCAGUUGAAACUGGAACCAUAAAAGUGAACUUAAAGAGAAGAUUACAAUAUAAAAGUUCAGCUUUAUCGUUGAAUGUAAGACCUCACAAGGUAGUACAAGCUGCCCAAUGGCUUGUUGAUAACAGUAGCCUUUAUAGGGAAGAAGGUAUAACUUUUAAUAAUACAUGGCUUGAAAGUAGUCCCAACGUUGUAUUAACUGCUGAUGACAGUGAUGUGGAAAAAACUGUAAAUGACCUGCCAGACAUAGACAGUAGUGUCAAUAAGACACAGUUACCACCUGAUGAGCAGUGGAGUGAAGAUGAGGCAGAAAUACCUGCUGGAGUCACUGACACUAUGUUAACUGCUCCAGAUUUUGUGACUGACAAUGAACGUCAGUAUAUUUUAAAUGUUGCACCUGGUGAAGGUAGCAGACCUAUAAGCAUAUUCCGUGAUAAGUACUCAGAGGAAUUAGCAUACCCAGGAAUAUUUCUUGGUCAGAAACGACCUGACAAUACAGAUAGACUAACUGAUGUUCAUUAUAGUGAAAUUUGUAAAUCUGAGUUAAGAAGAUCUGAUCGAAGAGCUGCAAUGUGUGUAGAAAAUAUAUUCUUCAAAACAAAGAAACUGCAAAUGAAAAUUUUACUUGGACAAUCUCAAGUCGCUUUGCGAAAAUGCCACAGAAAUCAUGGCACAAUUACUGCUGGCCAACUUAAGCAACCAGGAGCAAUAGACAAUAUGAUUCACCAUGAUCAAGGGUUUAAAUUUUUAAGAGCACUGAGGGGUUCUCCUCCAUAUUUGAAAAGGCCAAAAAGGAUAUAUUUGCAAUGAUAAGGCAGUUAGGUCCUGCAUCAUUAUUUUGUAGUUUCUCUUCUGCAGAAACCCAAUGGAUUCAUCUCCUUAGAAUACUUGGCAAGUUUGUUGAUAACAAGGAUUACACUGGGAUACACAAGGAUUAUACAAGGAUUACACAAGGAUUACACUGUUUGUUGAUAACAAGGAUUACAUUGGGAAGAGAAAAGCAGAUUAAUUCAGAGUGACCCAGUGACAUGUGCAAGACACUUUGAUUAUCAAAUAAAUCAAUUUAUACAACAUUUUCUCCUCAGUGAAGCUGCACCUCUAGGGAAAAUUGCAGACUGGUUCUACAGAGUUGAAUAUCAACAAAGAGGAUCUCCACAUAUUCAUAUGUUAAUAUGGCUAGAAAAUGCUCCCACAUUUGGUGAAGAUUUUGAUUGUGAUGUCAUCGAAUUCAUUGAUAAGAUAAUCACAUGUGAAAAGCCAACUGCGAAUCCAGAUUUACUCGCACUUGUAAACAGGCAAGUUCAUCGCCAUUCUCACACAUGUAGAAAGAAAUCCAAAAGUGUGUGUCGUUUUAAUUACCCACAACCACCUAUGAGGUUAACCAAAAUUCUGUACCCAUUAGAUAUAGAUGAUAUGGAUGAUAAUGAACUUGGUCAACAUAAAGAUACUUGGAAGUUUAUUAAGAAACACCUGAAUGAGAUGAAGGAUGGUGAAGACAUUACCUUUGAGCAGUUAUUGGUUAAACUGAAAGUGACAGAGCAAAACUAUUUGCUAGCCAUUCGAUCCAGUCUUCAGGCACCAACUAUAUUCUUAGAAAGAAAACCAAAUGAACUAA